AUGGAUAGAAAUUACCCGGGAACAGGGUUUGGCGAUUUGGGCGCUGGAGCAGGAUGGAGUUACGAGAGAUCGGCCAAAGCAAGUCUUGUAUAUGGGAGUUCCAGAUCAUCCCACCCUGAGUCUGAGCUCCUCCAUCGCCAAGCCUACGCCACCCCACACCCUCUGCAGGGCUAUGCCACCAAUCACCACCCAGGGAGCUCCGGCCAAGGCGGGGCUUGGGGAGCAGCUGGACGGAGUUUGGGUCUUUCGGGGCUGUUUGACACUGGCCUGCACCAUGCCAGCCCCUCCGCCCCCGAUGCUUCAGUUAUGAAUCUGAUUUCGGCAUUGGAGUCUCGGGGUCCCCAAGCUCCCCCCUCCGCCUCCUCCUUACUCUCCCAGUUUCGCACACCAUCCUGGCAGACAGCGAUGCACACACCUGCUCCUCCAGAAUUAUUCAUUUCUGGAGCUCUUCCUGGCUCAGGCUCCUUCCCCUCCUCCUCUGCUCUCUCAGCCUAUCAGCACCCAGCAUCCUUUUCCAGCCGCUCCUUUCCCGGUGCCUCGCUUUCCCUUCAGGACACACCGACGUUUAGCCCAACAUCUAAUGGUCUUCUGUCCCCACAUGAUCCCUUACUACACAUCAAAGCUCCCUCCCAGUCUAGUCUUGGUUUUGACAGACUACUGUCAUCCCAGGGGGCUGCAGCAGCCGCCUAUAGGGGCAGUCAAGACCCUACAGGUGGCACAUCAGCCCAGGCAUCCUCUGCUAGACACCUGCAGUCCCAUCAGUUCAACCUUCUGUCAUCACAGCUCCAGGACCAGUCCUCCCAGCUGUAUAAUGCCUCAGUAUUCUCCUCAGCCCAGCCCCAAGCUCAGUCCCAGUCCCAGUCUAACUCAGCUCAGGAGCGGGCCGUGCCCAGACAGGAUAGUGUAAUCAAACACUACCAGAGGCCAACACCAACCCAGCCGCAGCUCUCGUCCUCCGCUGCCCACUCCCUCCAGCACUACCUCAGCUGUGGAGGGGCAGGGUACCAACAAAUAGCCACUCAUCACAGACAUGCUGGCCUUUCUUGCAGCCCCCUGGGUGACCAGAGCCCCUCAUCUGACCACAAAGCCUCGUCUCGUACAGAGCAAUAUCGGCCAAUCAUCCAGCCUCCAUAUUCUUCAUCUUCCUCUUCUUCUUCCUCCUCUGCUGGGAAAGGUACCAAAAGCAGCUCCAGUAGUGGCUACUCCUCUGCAAGUUCAGCGUCAUCCUCAAGAACUCCUCUCACACCUCCUUCUGCAUCUUCUACCUCUUCAUCAUCUUCAUCAUCUUCUGCCACUCCUGGGGCUCACCCUUCAAACUCAAUCCCCACCUCAAGCUCUAGUGCAGCCCCCUCAAGGCAGCAACCCCCCACUCAACCAGCGCCACCUCCCCCAGCCCCUCAGCAGCAACAGCCCCCUCCCACAUCCACUUCAACACCUCAAUCUCUUCCCAAAUCCUGCCUUUCUGGCUACGGUUCUCCUGUUCCCCCUGUAAAACCCCCCACAUCUGCUCUUACUGGUCAGACCCCACCUCAACAACAGACUCAGUCAUAUUCUCCAAAUCAGCCCCCGACUUCUCACCUAGCUCAGUCCUAUGGCGGCUUCAGUUCUCCACAAGCCCAAGACCUGAGCUCAGGUACUGGUGGAAAAGGCUAUGGAAGUUUAGGAGGGCGAAGUCAGUCAUACCCCACUGAUAUAUACGGAACAGAUUCCGCUUAUGGAUCACUUCCCUCUUCUCUGGGUGGAGCUGGAAGCCCGUCACUGGGUUAUGGCGCUCCAGGCCAUUCUCCUGCGCUUUUAAGAUCAAGUGGUUCAUCAGGCAGUGGAGCAUCUGGGGGAGGAAGCAGCAGUGGUACAGCAAGUGGAAACUCUGGGUCAGGAGGAGCCGCAGGAAAUGGUAUGUCAAGUGAGAGAGGUGCAGGAGGUAGUGGAGGAGGGUCUUAUCAUAUUCCAGAUUCUAGUCCAUCCCCAUCUGGAAACUCUGGCAUUAUCCGCCCAGGGCUGCACUCCCCCGUGCCGGCAUGUCCCACGCAGUCUCCUGGAGGUGCUGGUUCUAAUAAAUACAUCUCCUCAGUUCUGUCUCCGCCUUUCCUAAGCUCCCCACAAGGCUACCCUGACACAAGAGGUCCCAGCUCCCAAUCUCAGUCUUAUCACGCCACCUCCUCUAAAACAAAGGGCGAUACCUCAAUGCUCGGUGUUGGUUCUCAGAGAUCCCAAGAAGAAGUAGAUGAUGAUGAUGAGUUCUUGAUUCAGCACUUGCUGCAGGCACAGGCGAGUCCUGCUCCCCAGGCCACUCACCACCAUCCCCAACAGCAGCCCCAACAAACAUCCCAGCAAACACAACCACAGCCUCAGUCGGCGCCACCAACAUCUGAUGCUGGCAAAGGGCUGAGCUAUGAUAUGGGAAAGUCCUCAGAAGAAAGGUAUCAUCCCCAGAGUGUCAUACGCACCCACAGUGCCACAUCCUCUUCUGGGGUAGGUAAUGCAACCUCUGGAGGGUCCAUCUCUGGGCUAGACAGUCAGCUGGAGAUGUCUUUGAAGAAACAGCAGCAACAUCAACAGCAACAACAGCAGCAGCAGCAGCAGCAGCAUCACCACCAACAACAGCAAAGAAAUGAGAGGCCUGUUGGGAGUAGCAGAAACAAUGGUGGACGAGGCAGUGCUGAACAAGUGCACUCGCACCUACUUCACCAUGACAACUUGGGCUCUGUAGUCCACUAUGGGCGAGGGGACCCAUACACACAACAUUCCCUCGCUCCCCAGCACUCUUCCCAUAAUCAGCAUGUGUCCUCGCAUUCGCAAAUGCCACCCCACAAUCAGAUGGAGUUACAGAAAAAGGAGCGUGCUGAAAUCCCUUAUCCACGGAAAACGCCAGAGGUCCAGCCUCAGCAUUCUCAACCUCAAAGCACUGCGUCUCUUAUGGACUCCCCCACAGAUCAGUCCCAUCAGCCCCCACACCUCCUCCAGUCUGUCUUGUCCCACACAACACGCAACAAAUUGGAACCACAUUCACAGCACCACAAGAUGGACACACAUCAACAGCAUCAACAGCAACAUCACAAAAUGGACACUCACCGGCCACAUCAACAGCACCAUAAAAUGGACUCCCAUCAAUCACACCAACACCCUAAAAUGGACCACCCGCAACAUCAGCAGCACCACAAGAUGGACUCGCAUCCGCAGCAUCACAAGAUCGACUCUCACCCCCAACAGCAGCAGCACUCCAUUGGCCAACAGCAAGCUGUGAUGGAAAGUGCAAAUGGACGACUUGGUUCGACGAAGCAUCCGGCUCAGGCCCAGUCCCAAACAACCCAGCUCCAGCUGCAACUCCAGUCGCAGGCUUUAGAGGUAGCAGCGGCUCAUUACAACCAUGGACCGUCGUCACAUCAACACGAGCAGAGCCAGGUCAAACAAAGCUCAGUUGUUUCAUCUUUGGACAUGCUGGAGCGCUCUCUUUCGCAGACCUCCAGCUCAGAUGUAGCAAUUUCAGAGGAUAGACGCAGUGGACGAAGCGGAGGAAGCAGUGAGCGCCACAGACAACAACAGCAGGAGCAGCAGCAAAGGCAGCACCCGUCUCACCAUCACCCGCAGCCCCACUCAGCCCCUGAACUCCAUUCAUUCCUCUCUGAGCCUGAAAUCGCCAUGCCCACGUCAUCUCACAUGCACCACCUUUCACAGCACCAUCCACAACAGCAACAGCAGCAUGCUAGCUCUCAACACCAGCAAGCCCAUUCUCACCAUGCUCACUCACAGCCACAGACCCCACACCCUCACCAUAUAACCUCUCAGUCUGCACCGACCCAUCCCCAACCUCAGCCUGAUACGCAGCAGCCACUGCCGUCUCAACUCACCCCCCAGCAGAGCCAAUUAGACCAACAACGCUCAGAUCAGCACCAGUUUGACACUGUUAGCCCAGUGGAGAAAGCAGACCAAACCCAACAAAGUAACCGCUUUGUUCCACUAACUUCUAUCUGCUUUCCUGACUCCCUUCUCCAAGACGAAGACCGCUCAUUUUUUCCAGGCAUGGAAGACAUGUUCUGUGCAGAGGAUUACAAAUCAAGUUGUGCUGGUGGUGCAGGACCAGUGCAGGAGGAGAUGAAUGAAAGCCAUACUGGGCAGGAGGGUAUGGGCACAAUGAAAGCUGGACAGAGUGGUGGUGGACCAGGCGGAGGUAGUGGAGCUGGCUAUGAUAUGAUGGGUCAUCAUGGAGAUCAGGGUUAUGAGCCAUACUGUCAUAGCCUGGAAGAACCGAGCAACAACACUAUGACUUUGGAUCUUGACUCCCUGAAAACCCAUGAGCUGCCCUCCACUGUUAACACUGAACAGCUCGGUUUAAUUCAGUCCCAGGGCCCAGCUAUGGGUAUGGGCUCUAAUAAUGCUGGACCUAAUAACCCUGCUGCGAAGCUGCCCUCCGGUCCUGGAGGGGCAAGCACAGGAGCAGCUUCUGGUGGUCUCCAAUCUCCGAUUUUCUGCUCAUCUCGUCCGAAAAAGCUCCUCAAGUCUAGUUCUUUUCACCUCCUAAAGGAGCGCAGAGACCCCAACACACUGCCUAAGAAAAGCUAUGCCCAAGAGUACGAGUUUGAAGAUGAUGAGGACAAAGCUGACCAGCCUGCUGACAUCAGAUUGAACAGCCGGAGACUUCCAGACCUCUUGCCAGAUUUGGUGUCCAGCUGCAGGAAAGGAGGAGGAGGAAGUGGAUCUCUCAGCCCUUUAAUGGGUGAGCUUGACUUCUACCAUGCCUCUAGCUACCAACCGAUAGGUCCACACACUCUUAUGCCUCAAGAUGGCCCUAAGAAGAGAGGCCGAAAGCCUACUAGACCUAAGAGGGAGGGCCCCCCACGGCCCAGAGGCAGGCCUCGCAUCCGCCCAAUGCCUGAGCCCUACACACCACGAGGAAUGAUGGGUGAGAUGGGCGGAACAGUUGGCGGUGGAGCAGGGGGAUUCAAUGUGGAGGGACGAGGCAGGGGUCGUGGCCGUGGGAGCAGAGGAAGAGGAGGUCGGAGAGAGGAUAUGUACAUGGAAAUGAGCGGGAAGGAGCAGGACCAGAUGCAUCAUCACCACCAACACCACCAUCAGCAACAGCCGCUCCAUCAUCAACCCCAACAGCAUGAACCGAUCCCACCACUGAAGAUCAAGUUGCCAAUUCCCAUGUCCUCCUCUGAUGCCUUGCUGAGGACAGACUCUCUGUCUGGUACAGACCCUGCUUUGUCUGAUGGCUCAGUAGGCUCAGCCCCUUCAAUCGGGCUGAGUCCUGGCCCUUGCAGCACUGAAAGCACCAGGGCGCAGGAUAAAAAUAAGCAGAAAAACCAGAUGAUGAAUGAAGGAAUCGAUGAGGACGGUCUGCAGGAAAGGGGUGACGAGAAGGACUCAGAGUCCAAGGCUGGUUUGGUAGCUUCUUUCUUGGAUUUCCUUAAGACAGGAAAGAGACCCCCAGGGUUGGAUAUUUCCCCAGGAAUGGAAGCUGACAAUGGUGAAACCUCCCCCUGUAAAUCAGGCUUGCGCCCCCUAUCUCCAGCACCUCCUCCACCCCCACCACCACCUCCUUUUGGGGAUGGUGAAGGUAAUGGUGGUCUCGCCCUGGGCAGCUGCCCCAGCCCUAAGCGCUUGGAGGACGAGUUGAAGAGGAACCUGGAAACCCUGCCUUCAUUCUCCUCAGAUGAGGAGGACUCAGUCGGAAAAAACCAAGAUCUCCAGAAAAGCAUCUCUUCAGCAAUUUCUGCCCUGUAUGACACUCCUCAGCUAACUGCGAACAUCCAUCAUUCAAUAGCUCCUCCGCCUCCACAGCCACAGCAGUCUCACUCCCCUCUGACACCCUCAUUGCAGCCCCCAACCCUUAGCCCUCAGACUAACAUUCAUACACCCCACGCACAACCACAGCCGAAUGAACCCUGUGUCCUCCAGCCAGAGGAUGAAAACACAGACGAAAACAAGGAUGAAGACAAUGACGACGAGAGGAGUACCAAAGGGGAUGAAGAGAGCGAUAUGAUGGAGGAGAGAGAACAGCAGCUGGAGACGCUAGGUGCCCCUGAGCUUGAAGCGUCCAUGCCGGAGAUUCCUCCUCCUGCAGCAGCAAUUCCCCACCCUCCUUCAGUACCCCCCUCUCCUGCCUCUUCAGCCUCAUCAUCUCCAGCUCCCUCCCCUCUUCCUCCUCUCUCCUUGCCCUCACCUCCCCCCACGGCAGAGGAACAACGGAACGACUUGAAACCUUCGAGUCCCACGGCUGCCAAAUCUCAGACACCGCCACCUCCCCUGACCGCUACUUUUCCUCUGCCAGACACUUCUCCUCCUCCCCGCUCUUCUCCUCCUCCCACUUCUUUGGCUCAACAUCCUCCCGCUCAACCGUCUCCUCAAAAGGAGUCCCCGACACCAUCCCCCGAGUCCGCUGCCUCCCCCGAAGAAGAGCGCCCACCUCCAAAGAAUACCAACUUGCACCUGGCUCAGAAGCAGGAAGACGCGGCCAUCGCGGGAGAGAGCGAAGAGGAUGACAGCGAGAGUGGUGGGGAGGGGAUCUUCAGGGAGAGGGAUGAAUUUGUUGUGCGGGUGGAAGACAUUCGAACACUUAAGUUGGCCUUGCAGACGGGUCGUGAGCCUCCACCCAUCUGGAGGGUGCAGAAAGCCCUGCUGCAGAAGUUCAGCCCAGAGAUCAAAGAUGGGCAGAGGCAGUUCUGUGCCACAAGCAAUUAUCUCGGCUACUUUGGAGAUGCCAAAAGACGUUACCAACGCAUCUAUGUCAAGUUUUUGGAGAACGUUAACAAAAAGGACUACGUCAGAGUCUGCUCUAGGAGACCGUGGCGCAGGGCAACACCUGCCCUCAGGCGCCAAUCCUUUCCUAGAAUGGCUUCCCCACCAGCAAGCCAAGCUCCACCAAAAGAAGAGAGACUGACUCCACCCAGCCAGCGGGAGAAGGAGACGAAGGAAAAAUCGAGAAUGACCCCAACGCCGGCAAAAGAACAACGGGAGAAAAAGGAGGCUCCAGCUGCGGUAGCCAAGGCCAAAGAGAAAGAGAAAGAGGUUGAAAAAGAGAAGCAGCGAAUGCAACCGCCUCAGGACAAAGCAGAGAAACGUACUACAGAACGUGGGAAGACCAAGGACGAGAGGAAAGCACCAGAGAAGAAGGAGAAACCAGAGCGCCCACCUAAGUCAAAACCUGCCAAGGUGAAGGCGGAGCCGCCCCCCAAAAAGAGGAAGAAGUGGCUAAAGGAAGCUCCUUCCUCUUCCGACUCGGAUUCAUCGGAUGAAGCAGCCAGUGAGAAUGAAAUGCCCGUGAAGGGUGGCGUAAACAACCGAGCGAUGAGGGAAAUGUUCCGCAGCUACGUGGAAAUGCUCGUCAGCACAGCUCUGGACCCUGACAUGAUCCAAGCCUUAGAGGACACGGACGAUGAGCUUUACCUGCCCCCCAUGAGGAAGAUCGACAGCAUCCUGAGCGAACAGAAGCGGAGGUUGUUAAGGAGAGUCAGCAUGAGCACUCAGCAUCAGGAGGUUGUGCAUGCAUACCCCCAGAUCAUCGUGGACCCCUUGGACUCAGGAGUGGUGAGGGUACGGCUCAGCGGCGACGCCUACAACCGUAAAACCCUUAACCGAGUCAAGAAAAUCCUGCCUAAACCACAGGACCUUAAACUGUCAUCUGAUUCAUACCGAAUCUACAGUCUUUACCACUCUCUACAUCAUUAUAAAUACCACACCUUCUUACAGUGCAAGAAAGAGACCAACACGAUCGAGCAGGCGGCCGAGGACCCAGGCCAGGAAGAGGUAGUGCAGCAGUGUAUGGCCAACCAGAGCUGGCUGGACACGCUCUUCGGCUCCUUCAUCGAGCUGCUCACGCUCAGCACCAAAGCCUGA